GCUCGCAUCACAUCACACCACCACAACUUGAUUACAAAAUUGUCCAUACUCUAGAUUUCCAUAACUGCUGCCACCGAAUGUAACCCUCCCUCUAUAAAUACCACCUAUUUCAUUUCGCUUUUCCAUCGCUUCACUCCUUGUAAUUUCCCUACCACCAUGAAGAGACAGAGAGGUGUGACUGUGAACGCUGUUGUUAUGCCCAUGAACAAUCCUCCCAAUGUUGACGAUGUCACGGCAACGGGGAAGAAGAAAGUCAAGAAAGAGGGUGAGCAGAAGGUGGGGAAGAGUGUGGUGGAGGUCGAGGAGAGAAAGGAAAGUUCUAUAGACAUGGUGGGUGGAUUCCUGCAGCAGCAGCAACAAGGAGCAAGAGACGGUGGCAUGAUGGGUUGGAAUUGGGAGGAGAAUAAUCAGAAUAUCCCUUGGUUGAGAGGUGUGGUUGAUGAGCAAAUGUCGUGGGGUUCCACCUGGGUCCCUGCUUGGGACAUGGACUUCCUGGGGGGUGAUGCUUUCACUGACCUCUACAAUGAUGUUGUUUGGGAUGAUGACAUCUGGAAUCUCAACAAUCAAAUUCCAAUUCCCCUCGAUAGAAAGAGGUUUGAUUGGGGGUAGAGAUUGUAGUAAACAAUACUGUUUCUCAAGCCUCAUGUGUUUCCCCUAAUUAGGGAUGGAAUUUCAGUGCUUUCUUUCAAUUAUAUAUGUUCAAUUCUCUCCCUAUAAUGCUAAUUUGGCUGAUCAAGGUUUGUCACCGCCUCCUGUAAAUUUUUCUAUUUGAGUUUGUAAAUAUUCUUAUUCGCAAAAUCUUGUAACUUGGUGAUGAUUUCCAGAUAAUUAGUGGGAAAUGAAAAAGUUCCCCAAAUCUGAUAUGAAUAGGGAAAACCGUUCACGAAUAUUGCUGCCAUCGGUUCCAACCAUAGUAAGCGUGACCAGAUGUGAAAUAUCGGAAAGUAUGUCAAAAUGUUUCAGCAGAAUAUUUGGUAUUCCAUUUAUAAAAUGUUGGCAUGUACGUGGGAUAAUAGGAAGUUACAAAAAGCAUUAAAAUUUGGAAACCGGAUCCCCAUCACACGAAGAAUGUGGAAAUGGGAAACCCCGGCAUUUCUACUGUAGAAAACUUUGCUAGAAGACGGUUGUUUUUGAUGGUUCAGAUUGUCCUGUGUGGCCUCUCAACAAGACUAAUGUUCUAUUGCUCUCUCUGUCUCGGUGUUAUUGUUUACUGUUCGGUGGUCAAUUUGGUAAAAGCAACAAUGUUCUUUGUUGUAAAGGUGCAUGCGUCCAAAUCCUAUGCUGGCUCUUGAAAGAGCAUAAUACUGUAACGAAGAAUAUCUAUCUCUAGCAGUAAACGAAUCUCUAGGCCUGUCAAAUCCUGGAAAUGCUACUGGAUGGAGUCAGACAACAUGACCCUUGUUUUAGACGUGUAGGGGAGAAACUUAGCUUGAGACAUUAUUCCUUUCCUUAUCUUUAAGAAUCUUAUCUUUAA